UCUACGUCAACAGUUGGAGGCUUUUGCAAGAAUAAGGUUGGAGACAACAUUCUUGCGGUAUGCACUGGAACGGAAGUCAAGGAAUGACAGUGUAGAUAAUCGCAAGCAAGGCAAGAAAAAAGAUCAGCAUGCUCAACAUAGUAGAGCGGCAACACCCGUGGCCAAAUUUUUCCAGGACGAUACAACCGGUGAGAAGAUGAUCAGAUCGUCCAGUUUUGACAACUUGCAAGAGACAUUUAAGCGAACAUUGAAACUGAAUGUCAAGGACAAUGCUGAUCCAGUUGGUUAUCGAUUCCCAUCGCCUUUUGGAGGAGAUAAUAGCCAUGAGCUGGACGCAUAUGAACGCUCUGUGUCGCUACGUCGAAAAACAGCUGCAACAUCCGCAGAAAGUCACCCCCAAUUUCCUUUCUACGUGGUUGGUUGUGACCCCGCGGAUGGAAAGCCAAGUGCUGUCAUAUGGCAGUAUGGCCAUGACCGAGCUGUUGCAAACUACUAUGGCUGCCAUGCUAAAACGUCCAGAGUGCACUUUGAUAGAUUUGGUCAAAAGUUUGGAGCUGGAGAUAUGAAAGGAAAUCUUUGUCUUUGGCGAUUUGACACAAGCUCGCAAGCUAGCAAACCGUACUGGACCUGGAACUGUCACUCAAAAGCAACCAGAGAUUUUACAUUCUUGGACUCUAGUAGUUUAAUAGCAUCUGUAGGCACUUCAUCGGCCCUUGCCAGAAAUAAGCAGCAUGUCUGCCUGUGGGACACAUUGUUACCUCCACAACAAUCUUUGAUAUGCUCUAUACCUGCACAUGAGCUUGGUGCUUACGCUGUAUCGUAUUGUUCACCUUCUCAACUGUUGUUUUCAGGAGGAAAAAGUGGAGAAAUUGUCGUGACUGAUGUACGUCAGCGAACAAUCAUGCACACGUUCCAAGGCCAUCAGUCAAGGAUUAGGUCCAUGACAUUGGAUUCGGAAGAUGGUUUAUUGAUAACCGGGUCUAUAGAAGGCGACAUGAAGAUUUGGGAUGUCAACACCUUCAAGCUGCGACAAACAAUUGAAGCACAGCCGAAGAAUCGAUUUUUAUCAUCUGGAUUCACCAAGAUACCCCUAAAAUCGUAUGGUAUCACCCAGAUAUCAGUUGGUGAUGACAGUUACAUAUUGGCAUCGGGUCCAUCCGGAAUCACUCGCAGCAGGAUAGAAGUCAAUUAAGCUUUGCUUAAAGCAUUUUAACAAAAACGAAGAAAUAAAAAAUGUAAUUCUAUAAAUGCCAAUUAUGUACUAAGAUUUGCAAGGUUUGAGAUGGCAACUUCGGCCUCAACAAUCUGCAAGA